UGAACCCAAAAAAAAAACAAAAUAUAAAUUAAUAAUCUCUGUUUAUCCUCUGACACUCACUCACUCUCUCUCUCUCUCUGUUUCGACUUUCAAGAUUCAAAAAUUUUUCGUUCACGAUCCAGAUAUCGGAGACGAAGUUUUUUUGGUAAUGCUAGAUCCAACCGUUAAAGUGUUCGAAUCAGAAUAUGGGAACAACAUCAGUAGAUUCGAUCGAAGAACACAGCAGUAGCAGCAGUAGCAACAGUAAUGGAGGAGGUAUUAGCAGCAACGAGAAGAAGAGCUGUGCCAUUUGUGGUACUAACAAAACCCCUCUUUGGCGAAGCGGUCCCGCCGGUCCCAAGUCGCUUUGUAACGCAUGCGGGAUCAGAAACACGAAGAAAAGAAGAACAGUGAUCUCAAACAGAUCAGAAGAUAAGAUGAAGAUGAAGAUGAAGAAGAAGAAUCCAAAGUUGGGUGAUUCGUUGAAACAGAGAUUGAUGGAAUUGGGGAGAGAAGUGAUGAUGCAGAGAUCAACAACGGCUGGGAAUAAACUCGGCGAAGAUGAGCAAGCCGCCGUGUUACUCAUGGCUCUCUCUUAUGCUUCUUCCGUUUACGCUUAAACCGAAUUAUUUUCUUAGAUCUCACCUUUAUCAAUAAUGGUUAAUUUUUGUAGGAUAUGUUGUUAAUUGUGUAAUUUUUGUUCGUGUUUUGCGUUGUUGAAUUAACUUCAAAAUUUUCAAAUUUUGUAUCACUGGUUGGUUUGUAUGUGUGUGUGAUCAAUCUCUGGAGAAGAAUGAAAGGUCAAAGAUAAGAUAAUUUUCUUACUUGAACAA